GCCACGCGUCGGGCGGUGAGUGGCUUCUCCUUUCCGCGUCGAUGAGGAAGAAAGGAGGGGAUACGCGUGAACCAGUUCAUUUCUCUCAUCAGUGAAAAAAGCUAGGGUUUUUUCUCUCCGAGGCGAUAAUCCACGCCGUGGCGAUUCCGUCGUUAUUUCUCCAUCAAAUCGAUUACGUUUUCUCUUCUCCACACUCUUAGGUCAGUAUUGAGUAGAUUGAAGGUGUGGUAGCGUAGAUUUUAUGUGCGAUAGGGAUUUGCGAUGGGGUGAUUUUAAAUCGAUUUGGGGAUUUUAUUUUUUAGGGUUUUUAAUGGUUAUGGGAGUUCGAUUGAGGGUUCAUUUACUCAUAUUCUUCCUUAAUUAUGUGCUAAUAAUUUGAUUUCUGUCACAGAUGGAUCCGGCAGAGGAGAGAAGACAUUCAAAGAGGCAACAAGAUCACAUAAACAUGCUAGGGUUCGUCAGCGAUUCAGAGUACGGGAUUCCCAAAAGGUGUCCAUGUGGUGGGAGAAUCAUCGAUGACGUUCGCCGGAAGGACGACUACGACACUCUUCCGGGGAAGCGGUUCUUCACAUGCAAGAACUACGAGGUAAGUUUGAUUUUAAACGCUUUGAUUAUCGUUUAUGGGUUUGCAAAUUGUAGAGUGUCUGAUAUUUGUUUAUGGUGUAACCAAGGCUGAUGGAUUCCACUAUCGUCAGCCUUGGGUGAUAGGUGUGCAGGAGGAGAUCGAAAGGUUGACUAAGCGGGUGGUGGAGGCUGAAGAAGUGAUGUUGGGGUCGUCGAAUCUCUGUAAACUGAUCGACAGACUGGAGGAUCAGGUUAAAAUGCUCUCUGAGCAGGUAGAUGACCUCACCGUGCAGGUUGCUACGUUGGAGAAGGUCUGCUUCGAAUGAAACCGAAGGUAAGACUGAACCCCACUUUAGAUGUAGUUCGAAAAUGGCUGUUACAAAUUGUUGAUUGGUAUAACCAGUUUAGCUAUUUAAUAAGUUAACUAAAAGUGAUGAAAGCUUAAAAGAUAACUACAACAAUAACUACAACUCCAACUAGAACACUAACUACAACUUUUAAAAAUCUUUAAUUAAUUUUUUGUUGGUUGUUGGUUGCUGUGAACUCUCAAUAGAUUGUACUUAGGUGUUGUUAAUAUUUUCCAGUGAGUUGAUGUGUAUUCACUGCCGUUUGUGAAGUACUUGUGGUAGGUAGAGUUUGUUUAAUUCUUCUGCUUUAGUUAAUUAUCUCAAAUGAAAGCAAAAACUAGUUUAUAAAACAUAGCAAAUCCACAACUAAAAACACACAAACAUUUAAACAACAAACCAAACCCAAAAGAUAAUGGAUCCUUUCUCCUACAACUCUCCCGGGUUUGUUAACCUUUUAGCUUCGCAGAGCAGUCCCCCACACGACGUGGACUCUGCUGAGGCAGUUGGUAACUCACCCGGGUUAGUUAAACCUGUAGAAAGAAGAAAGUGGGUUGUCAAAGAAGACCUUGUGCUCAUUAGCGCUUGGUUGAACACGAGCAAGGAUCCCAUAGUCGCUAAUGAGCAGAAGGCAGGGGCGUUUUGGAAGAGAAUAGAGGAGUAUUUUAACUCAAGCCCUCAGCUCAUUGGCGCCGUUCCUAGAGAAUGCAGUCAAUGUAAGCAGAGGUGGGGAAGGGUGAAUGAGCAGGUGUGCAAGUUCGUUGGUUGCCAUGAAGCCGCUUUGAAGGAGCAGACAAGCGGGCAAAAUGAGAAUGAUGUCAUGAAAGCUGCACAUGACAUCUUCUUCAAUGACUUUAAUGUCAAGUUCGCACUUGAACAUUGUUGGAGGGAGCUGAGAUUUGAUCAGAAAUGGAGGUCACACGCGUUGUCGAAAGUUGGUGGAAAGGAGAAGAGGAAGGAAGCAUGUCCGGAGGUGGUGGGUGACGAUGAAGAGGUGAGGCCUCCUGGUGUAAAGGCGAGCAAAGCAGCCAAGCGCAAGAAACACGGGAAUGAAGCAGCUUAUGAUCAAAUAGAAACCAUGCUAGCUCUGAAAAAUAACAUUUCUAAACAAAAGAUCCUUGAUCGUCUCAUUGGCAAAAAUGAGGAAACUCUUUCUGAUCAAGAAAAAUCCCUUAAGUAUAAACUAAUUGGUGAAAUGCUUUGAGUUGGUUAGUGCCUUGUAUUGUUGCUUUGCUUAGCGUGAUCGGAUGGAAUGUUUACGUUGCUUAGCUUAACUUUAUUCGAUGCUUAACAUGAAUUAUUGAUUGGGUUUUAUUUUCUUUUGCAGGUCAGAGAGUGCAGGUCACGGGUUGGAGUGAAGGUGUUGGAGUUGAUCAGUCGGUAAAGUUUGAAGCCUAGUUUUUUUUUUAAUGUUGGGGGUAGUUGGACUGUAGACCAUCUUUGGUCACGGGAAAGUGUAGUGUUUUGUUUCUUGCUACACUUAUUUCAUUCACGGAUUGUCUUAGUAUGUAUUGUAUCAGUCACAACUUGAUUCACGGAUUAUGUAAUAUGGUUUCAAACUCUCUAUAUAUGUUUGUAUUGUAUCAUUAUAUGAAAUAGCACUUCUCUCACUUAUUACUCUCUAGCAAGUUCAUUCUCUUAUAGCACUUCUCUUUGUAUUGACUGAGAUAAGAAUGUUUAGUUGUAAAUGCUAAAAAGUCGAGAUCAUUCAAGUGAUUCCCAUUUAGUACCAGUUCUGAAGGAAGCCGACACAUUCAAGUGAUUCCCAUUUCGCUGCAAGGUGAUUCACAAACGGAGACACACACAAAGAUCCACAACAAGGUGUAAUAUACAACUUAGUAAUGAAAAAAUUAUAAGAUUAUGAAAAGAAAAGAUUAUAGAGUAAUAAUGAUAGAGUAAUGUAUAAAAUAGAUUAUAGAGUAAUAAUGAUAGAGUAAUGUAUAAAACAAAAUUUAAUGUUAUGACAACUUUUAUAGACUAAUGUUAUGACAACUUUUAUAGACUAAAGUGUAAGAGUAAUGCUAAAAAAAAAAAGAAAAAAUAGAAUAUGAAAAAAAAGAAAAGAUUAUGAAAAUAAAUUAUAGCAUUAUGACAACUUUUAUAUUGUCACAAAAGUAAAAGAUUAUGUAAUAAAAAUAUAAUUAUGACAAUUAUUAAGACAACUUUUAUAUUCUUAGGACAACUUUUAUAUAAUUACAAGAUAUGAGCCCGUUGCGUUGCAACGGGUUUUGUUUGAUGUUUUAAUUUAAUAAAAACCAUAAAAAAAUAAAUCAUUUUAUUAUAGUAUUA